GCCAGCACAUAAACCACCGCAGCACACCCACGACCUACUAACAGCUGCGCCUGUGUUCUUUUGCAGUGACAUGCGCUUCCAAAUGUCGUCGUUUGCCGAAGGUAGUGCCAAGAAGAAGUGCGACAAGGACGGUGUGGAGUAUGCGGAUUACAGCACACGGCAGAUAAGCAGGACGUAUCCCUCGGGCAAGCGCAUCGACUCAACCAACUACAACCCCAUUGCCAUGUGAGUUGGGGGUGGAGAUACAGAUACAGAUACGAAUACAGAUAUAGAUGUAUUACAGAUACAGA